AUGUUGCAGUGUUGGAAUGGUACUUCAUUUCAGACCACCAUGUUGAAGGCCUUGGGAGUCCGCUUUCAACUUGGGCAUUCUAUUGUCGGACUUGAUUUCUGUGGAUGUGAGUUUGCUCAGCCACACAUCACCCAAUUGCUACAUGUUCGCCUCUUUCCUGCAACUACAGGGGACCCUAAAUCAGCCGCUACAUUUCAUGUACUGGAGUAUUUUCAAAUGCUGUCAUUCGAAUCUAAAGUAUCGGCAUGGGAGUUUUAUAAUAUGAUUGCUCGCCUUACAGAUAACACAGGCACCCGUGUCCUAAAGGAUCGUUAUGAGCCUUUCCUCCGGAUGAUACGUGAAUGGCACUUUAUAAUCCAAAUGAAACACUGCAGCCAGGGUCAUCAUCCUGGAGGCAUUGAAGAAACAAAGGCAGGCGCUUGCGCCAUCUUAUGCCCUGCCUGUCCCCAUCCGAGCAAAAACUUACCUGUUGGGUGGGAAAAUACACCACCGGAAUUCCAAUUUUUGGAUGCAAUAUUCCUUGCUAUUGAUGCAAAUUUCCAACUUGUUUAUCGUAAUGUAUCAUUGGAUGCCAUUGAUCCCAGAUUGAAUCAUGGAUAUGCAUUUUUUGUCGAAGAAACUGCGUACAAGGAUAUCCUGGCUUCACGCAACAGGAAGAGCACAUGUUCUAGUCACUCUGCAGUGAACCUGGCAGAUACGAGGGCUUCUUAUGGACUUGCAGCGACAGGUGCAGGGACUAUUGAUUGUGUGCAGCACAAUUUCAAACACCCUUGUUCAGUUGGUGACUUGCAAAAGGGGGAGAGGUACAUUAACAUGGAUUAUCUAUUUUUUUCAAGCAUGCGUUCCUCACGUGAUGUUCAUGUCCUCAACAUAUCUUAUGAUAUUGCCUGUCAGUGGAACAAAAAACUUUGGUCGCACAUGUUGGCAUUCCCACAUGAGUAUCAUAUCAACCACGACGAAAAGGUCAUCACAUUCUUCGUGCCUAAAUUCCACCUGCUGGCACAUAUCACUAGUUGCCAAACAAAGUUUUCAUUCAACUUUAUCAAGGGUGUUGGGCGAACAGAUGGUGAAGCUCCAGAGCAUGGAUGGGCAGAUAUCAACCCUCUUGCUACCAGUACUCGCAAGAUGGGACCUGGAUCCAGGCGAGACACUAUAGAUGUCCAUUUCAAUGACUGGAAUUGGAAGAAGGAGUCAGACCGCUCUUUGUCAAACCCGUUUGAAAUGAAAGAGAGGACUAGUAUGUGCUGUUUUGUGCUCGAAAAUUUUAUCUCAUUGGGAAUGGAACUGGAGGAUCAGCAACAAUGUGUUGAGUUUGAGGUGAAGAGCAUUGGACAGCAUGCCACUGACACUCAAAAGGUCAAGAUACUUCAGCACAUCAAUGCCCUCUGCUGCAGAAUUGGCACCUGGUCCUGCAUACAACUGUUGUACAUGCCUCAUGUCUCCUGCCUGCAAUCACCUGAUGACAUCACCUCUGAGGACAAGGUCCACAAAAUCAAUCUUUUUCUCCCUUCUUCAUUGCCUUCAAACUUCCCAUGCGACAUUCACUUGCUAAGGUACAAAUGGAAUUUACGUGAGGCACAGGCAAAUGAUGCUUUGACCGACCUUCGCACUGUCAUCAAUAUGACCUACCACCUCUACAACUACAAGGAUGCCUUUGUUCGAGGUCAACAUACGAAUACUCGUGCUCACAGCAUUAUCCAUUUAGCUGAAGGCCGAAUCAGUGCAAUAUCAGCCAAGUACAUCGUUGCCAGAGAUGCGCUCAUAAUACUCACAUCAAAACUAGGUAAGAAUGAUGACUGGCAACGUGUACUGAAGCCACUGGACAGGACGAAAGAUGCUGUCCCACUCAAGCAUGAUGCAGGAAAGACAGUCGGCCAACAAAGUAUUUCAUGGAUAUGGAGAACUGCUGGGGUGUCCAACAAUCAGGAGGAAGGGCUACAAGAUUCAUUACGUGUGGAAUGGUGCAAGGCACGGGCACAGGCUCAUCAGUGGGAUGAGGAAGUACAGCUCCUGCGUGAGGAAAUGCGCCAUGUUCUUGCUUUCCUUGAGUGGCAGGCCGGAUGGUGGGAAGCACAAGGGUCACAAUGCCAAUUUGUCUCACAUGCAUUCACAGAGGGUGCGGUUGCAUAUGCACACCAUCAGGCAAUGCUACGCCAAAGAAUGUCUGCACGGUUCAAGUCAUUGUGGGAAGCUGUCCCCUCAUGGACUGUUGAGCCUUUCAUAGUCUGA